AUGAGUGGAAAGUAAGCUAAGGUCGGUUUAAAACAAUGAAUAACUUGCAAAAUCGUUUCAGAUACGCUCGGAAACGAAAACACGGUCUUGAUGAAGAUACGUCUCACGAAAGCCAUGGGUAAGUACUUUAUUUUGGUUUGUGUGUUUAGAAAAGGAAUUAGAAUCUAAUAUGGACUAGGCUUGAGAUAUUGAGUUACACUGCUGAUGUUGGUUAUGCUUUUAGUUAUAUCUCAGCGGCCUUAUAAGAUAAGCUUGUAAAAAAUUUUUCUUAGCUAAAACAGACAUUGUUUUUGAUUUUAUGAAAGCUUUGGGCAGUUUGUAAUUAAAAUUAGCGAAAUAUGCGCAACAGAAUAUUGUACUAGACAUCAGAACGAAAGGUUUUUGUAAAACUUGAUAUUUUGCGGUUUUAAUUAGAUUUUUUGCAAUUUUAAUAUCUAUAGUACUUUCUCUAUCUUUUAGAGAGUCAAAACGUCGUUCAUCACGACGAUCUCCGCCAAAAUCCUCGAAGAAAGACGAAGCUGAAGAGGUGUCGAUCGAAGAAACGAAUCGUAUUCGUGCUGAACUUGGCUUGGCCCCUUUGGAAGUCGAAGAUAAAACAGCCAAUGGAAAUGCAGAAGAUGCUGACGAUGAUGGGGAAGACGGUGAAAAGGUUUACAACAUUGAUGGAGUUGAGAUUCAUCACAAGAAAGCCGAAAGUUUAACAAAUAAGAAGGAGCAAGAAAAGUUAAAAGAGAAGAUUGCUGUACAAAAAGAGAAACACAAGAUCUAUAAUAAGGUGCUGAAGGUGAAGAAGGGGUUGGCGGAUUCUGAUUCGGACGAGGAUGUAGAUUCAUGGCUGGAUAAAAGUCGGAAAGCGGCCGAGAAGUUUGAUGAAAUGGACGAAAUUGCAGAAAAAGCAGCUGAAGAAGAGGUAGGACUAUGUUUUAAUGGUUUUAUAGACUUUUUUCCCCUGAUACGAGUAAAUCCUUAUAGAUAAGAUAACUUAAUUUUGAUAAAACUUUCUUUUUAGAUGAAAAAAAUCAAAGCCAAGCCCAAAAGAAUCAUAAAGUCUCAAUCAGGAACUGGCAAUCUUCUUAUUGGCCAUUCAAAAGAAGCGUUUGUUGAUGGAUCCGAAACAAUUUUGGUUCUAGAAGAUCGGAACGUGCUUGAUGAUGAUGGAGAAGAGGUUCUCAUCAAUCCGAAUCUAAUUGACAAUGAAAGACACAAAAAGAAUGUGGAGUUGAGGAAACAGAAGAAGGACUACAAUCCAUACGAAGAUGAAGAGGUUGAUGAAUUUGGAAUGACCAAGAAACAGCAAAUCUUGUCGAAAUAUGACCGAGAUAUGGAUGAACCUGUCAAAAGAGAGACGUUUAGAUUGGGUAGGGUGAUCUUGAGGAAAAAUUUUUUUUGAAAUAAAAAAAAAUAUAUAUAUAUUUGGAAAAAUAGGUAAUAAUUCAAAUUUUUCAGACGAAGAAGGAGGUUACGACUUGGACAAAGAGGAACGUGAACUGGAAAUGAAGCGGAAACUUAUGAUGGCUAACAAGAAGUUUGAAACCUUAGAAUCCUCUAAAUACACAUUAGCUCGGGAAUUCUACACAGAAGAAGAAAUGGUAUCAUUCAGGAAGCCAAAGAAGUUGAAAAAGGACAAAAUGAGGAAGAGAAAGACGUUAAAAGCAUCCGACAUUCAACCAGAAGCGGAUGGCGAUGGUGAAGCUGAGAAACGUGAAAAGUAAGGGAUUUUUUGAUUUUUUAUUGAUGUUUAGGUAACAUAGAAGACGGUGCGAAUUAUGAAGAAGCUUUUAAGGACAAAUUUAUGGGGUUUUGAUAACAAAAUCUUAUUGAAAAUGGCAAUUUUUAAGAAAAAUACAUGAUUUUUGAUGUUUACCUGAAGAAAAAUGAAAUUUUAAAAUAUUGUAGUAGAUAAAAUUUAGUAAUAUUGAUUUUAAAACAACACUACGAUAAUGUUAUUUCAGAGCCAAACGAUUAGCUGCACGUCGUCAAGCUGAAAAUGAAGAUACGAAUGGCAAACUGGGCGACUUUAAGGAAAUAAAACAAGAUGAAGAAAUGGAAGAAGGCGAGGUACCAGACGAGAAACCACAAGUGAAAAUAGGCGGAAAAUGGAAGGAAAACAAUCGUGCUAGUGUGGAUAUUAACAAAUUGAAAAGUUUGUCGGAAAAAAUUGGCAAAAUCAGCGAUAGUGAGGACGAGGAAAGCGACGACGACGGUAGGUCGAGGGCGUUGUGUAAUAUUUUUUUUUGGAGUGUAAAAUAUGUUAUUCAAAGGAGCGUUAGUGAUGCAAAAGGUGGAAAUAAAGCUAUUGAAGGUACUUAAAUUUAAAAUUAAGGUUGAUUUUAUUAAAAAAUCAAGUUUUAAGCAUUUGAUAUUAAGUACGAUGGUCAAGUGAGGGUAUGUUAAUAUAAAUUGAUGUCUUGAGAAAGCUAGUGAGUCUAGGCAUUUAAUAUUGUGUUUGUAUGUACUUUAUUAAAGGUAGAAUGCAUUUAUAUAUAAAUAUUCAAGUUCGGAUGUUUGAAUAUUGAUCUACGAGCUUUAAAUAUUAAGGAUGAUGUUCAAGUGCGGUAGGUUAAUAUAAAUUGAUGCUUAGAGAAAAGUUGAUAGUCUAGUGAAGCAAUUUUGAGUUAGUGGGUACUAUAGCCUAUUUAGAACACGAUUAGGUAUACGAAUUAGCGUUAGUUUUGUUCAAAAAAUUCGAAUUCUAAGCUUCUGAUAUAAAGGAUGAUCAUCAGUCGAGGUACAACAAGAUAAAUUGAAGAACUGUGUAAAAUUUGAUUUGAUUCUUGUUAAAAAGGAUUUUCAAAUAUAACCAAGAUCUUUUUUCAGAUUUUUUUGGUGGAGCCAACAUUGGCGGUGUCAUAUUGGACGACGAAGCCGAAGACGAACUCCAGGCCGCGUUGGAAAAGUCGCGAAAACUGAAUCAAACUCAAGAACUCAAGUCUACAGAUCGAUGGAAACAGGAACUGUUGAAGCGGAAAAUCAAAAAAGAAGAACCAGGAAGCAGCGACGAAGAAGAGGACUUUAUUUUACCGUCAAGCUCCAAAGGCCUGGUUAUCGACCACACGGCCGAAAGCUACAAAGCCAUCGGAGAAGUACUGUCAUUGGGCUUGGCUGGCAACAGGGAUGAUCAUGUAGAUUAUUCGGAAAUCAAACAAGAAGAAGAAGAAGUGAAGAAACAAAAAGUGGAGGAAGCUCAAGUCUCGGAUUCGGAUUCAGAAGUCGACCAAGACGAAGAAGAUCUAGAGUCGAGGAAGCUGGAGCAACGACAAAUUGAGCUGGAAAGCCGGAUGGGCGACUUUGACGAUGAUGAGCGGCCAAAAUGGAAGGAGUUUGGGGAUCAACAGCCGGAAAGCAGCAAAAAGGAGCGGAAGGAGAGGAAGAAGAAGGAUGAGGUAGGGGUUUACGGGGGAUCUCACUCAAAUUUUAAAAAACUUGACGAAGUUUCUGGGGAACUGGGCGUAGGGGAGAUGAAGGGCGGUUAUUUUUGUAUCACAAGGACAAAUAUAACUGGUUUUAUCUAAAAAAUAAAAAAAAUUGUUAGGAAAAAAAUUCACAGGGGGGGCCAAGUUCAACUUUUAAAAAUUUUUUUUAUUUUUUGGGGAUUGUGUGCGGGAGACGUGAAUAAUGAUGUCUUUGUAUCACAAGGGCAGCAUGUAGUCUGUUAUACCCAAAGAAUUUAAAAAAAAAUUUUUUGACAGAAAUUUACAGGGGAGACCAAGCUGAAUUUUUGAGAAUUUUCAAAUUUUAAAAAUUGAUUUUAACAGCGAAGACAAAAUAAAAUAAACUGCUUUUUUAGGAUGACGGUGUUUAUGGAGCCGACUACCAAAACGUGCUGGGCGACGAACGUGAUGUGACAAAAGGCGUUGGCGCCAUGUUAAAAAUGGCAGCGGAAAGAGGAUACUUGUCCAAUAAGAAACAAGGCUCAUCCGACUCACAUUUGGCACAUCUUCAAAGCAAACGAUUCUCCAGGGUUGAGGGAGGCAAUUUGUAAGUUUAGAGGAUAUGAACUUUUUUGCGGUUUAGGUAACAAGUGAAACAUUUUUGGGGUUUUAGGUAACAAGGGUAACAUUUUUUUUUUGAAUUUAGGUAACAAAUGGCAAAUUUUGGGAUUUUAGGUAACAAUUAAAACUUUUUUUUGUAUUUUAGGUAAAAAUUGAAAAAAUUUGAAUUUUUUAAAUUUUUUUUUAAUUUUCAGAGACAUGGAAGACAAAUACGUCCGCAAACUGGAACGCCUCGGUGCCUCCGGCCCCACUCGCCAUUUCGACGACAAAUCCGACUACAAGCCCAACUUUGAAAUCACGUACACGGACAAGAAGGGCCGAAUCCUCGACCAGAAGGAAGCGUUCCGCGAGUUGAGUUGGAAGUUCCACGGCAAAACCCCAGGCAAGAAGCAGAUCGAGAAACGCCAGGCCAAGCUGGCCAAGAAGGAGAAGAUGAAGAAAAUGAACAGCUCGGACACACCAUUAGGUACCUUGGCCAAACAGCUGAAGAAACAGGAACAAACUCAAAGCCCAUACUUGAUUUUGACCGGAUCACAACGGUCAGACAUGGCUCCGAUUCAGAAGGAUUAG